AUGGCGUCCCCUUGUCGAACCAAACUCGCCAUCAAAAACGUCCGGGUCUUUGACGGCCACGGGCUUACCGAGCCGACGACGGUCGUCAUCGAGGAUGGCCUCAUCGUCACCGAUGCCGCCGACGCCGACGAGCUCGACGGCCGCAACGGCGUCCUCCUCCCCGGCCUCAUAGACAGCCACGUCCACCUUGGGUCCGAGAAGCACCUGCGGCUCCUCGCCGACUGGGGCGUCACGACGGCCCUGGGCAUGGGCGAGUGGUGGCCCGAGAAGCUGCCGGCGCUGCGCAACCGUGCCGGUCUCACCGACAUCCGCAGCGCCUGCCUGCCGGCGACGACGCCGGGGAGCCUGCACAGCAAGAUGCUGCCCAUCCCUCGCCACGCCACGGUGUCCCGGCCGCGGGAUGCGGCGCCUUUCGUGCGGCAGAGGCUCGCCGAGGGCGCCGACUACAUCAAGCUCAUCGCCGACCAGCCCGGCCCCGACCAGGCGACGCUCGACGCGCUCGUUUCGGCCGCCCACGAAGGCGGAAAGGUGGUCGUCGCCCACGCCUUGACCUUUGCCCCCUUUGCCAUGGCCCUCGCGGCGGGCGCCGACUUUAUCACCCACCUGCCGCGCGACAAGGCCCUCGACGACGACGCCGUCGGCCGCAUGCUCGAGGGCAAGCCGACCGUCUCCAUCCCGACGCUGACCAUGAUGGGACGCGUCUGCACACCGCUGCCCCGGAGCGCCGUGGUGCGCCUCCUGCUUCAACCAUCGCUGCUUUGGACGGUGGUCAAGGCGCGCCGCCAUCUUCUCGGCCGCGAGUCGGUCGACAACUGCACGGCAUCGCUGAGACGCCUCCACGGCGCCGGCGUGCCCAUCCUCGCGGGCACCGACUCCAACGAGGAGGCGGACUCGCCCUUUCAGAUCCCACACGGCGAGUCACUGCACCGAGAGAUGGAGCUGCUCGUCGAGGCGGGCAUGUCGACGCUCGACGUCUUGCGUUCGGCCACGUGCCUGCCCGCGCGGCACUUUGGCCUCACCGAUCGCGGCGCCGUCGAGGCCGGGAAGCGGGCGGAUCUGGUGCUGCUCCGCGACGACCCCCUCGAGGACAUCAAGGCCACGCGCUCCAUCGAGCGGGUCUGGUGCGCGGGCGUCGAGCGGAUCCGGUCCUGA